UUUAAUGCACACUUACAUUCUAGUACACACGCUCAUGGCCGAGCGAAAGCGUGAGCGGUAGAGAGAGUGAGAGAAAGAGAGAGAGGGAGACAGAAAAACUGAUAGUAGGUUACUACGGAGGAGGAAAACGCAAAGCGCUGGGUGGAGCAGCGUCGUCGCGUGUUGCUGCGGGAACUCGUUCGGUUGAACGCGCGGUACAUUGCAGAUGCAAAUAACGUCGAGCACAGAAGGCGAACGGGGGUAAUGGUGAUCCCAAACGGGUGUGUGUGAGAGAGACAGCUCCGGUAGGGAUAUGGAGGAAUCCGAGAGCGUCCCCUCCGCACCAGAGGACGGACUCCUGGCUACCUGGCGCUGGAACAGAAACGCAAGGGAACAGGUUCAGUUGAAGCAAAAGAUCAAAGAUCUACCUGGCUUGUUGAAACACGGACUGCAUUUGAGGAAGAAAAGUCAGUCACCUGACACCAUCCCUGGACCGAGCGCUGGACUCCCCCGACAAAAGACGUGUUCCCAGAGUUUCCCGUGUGCGGGCCGAGCGCUGAGGAAUGCCUUCCUGUCCCAUGGACCCUACCCGGCCAAAGACAAGAUCCACCUGGCGCGCAUCAUCAGGAGGAGCUAUGUGGGUGUGGAGCUGGUGCAGUGGCUGCUGGAGCAGUGUGUGUUUGUGCAGUGCAGGAUGAUGGGAGCCAGGAUCUGGCAGGUGCUGCUGGAGCUGGGCAUCCUGCACUCAGUGGACCAGCGUGUGGUGUUUGAGGACUCGAACACCUACUACCAGUUCUCCUUUGAAGAGUGUGAGGCGCAGGGCUGCGAGUUCCGUAAUGAGGAAGAGUGGCAGAAUGGCGUCAGACUCCUCACGCAGCUCGUGCCCUACGUGCAGUUCCGCGUCGUCAGCCCACCCGAGGAAGAUCCUGAAGCAAUGAGGGACAUGCGCAGUGAAAUUCUUCAGAUGAAAGCCCUGGAACGACUCACAUCCACAGUCCAAAAUGAGCUGGCAGCAGCACUUGCUCGGAAGGCAAGAAAGUCAAUGUCCGAAGAGGAUUCCUCCGAGUCUGCUGAGAGCUCUCCACAGGAGACCCCCAAAAGCAGUGACGUCCAGGCCAAACAGGGGGGGGUGUGCGGUCUGCGGCCACCCGACGAGCUCUCCCGUCUGGAGAUGGUCCAGCGGCUCGCUAAGGACGGCUGCCGCUUCCUCCAGAACCACAACUACCGCCUGCCCGACCGGACUGCACCGGCUCAGGGGGAAGGUGUCGUCCGCGUGUGUCUGAAAGAGAGAGGCCAGGAUGUGCUGGUUCUCCAGAGGGUGUCGUCAGAGCGACCAUCGCCCACGACUACGGGAGGGGUGAAAGAGGAGGAUAGCGACAAGAGGUACGUGGUGGUCUCGGGGACGCCGCAGAAGAUUCUGGAACACCUGCUCAGCGACCUGCGCCUGGACGAGCAGCAGGGGGCUACGGAGAACAGAGAAGCAGAGAUGCUUCUAGAUGACUUCCUGUUGACCUACCUGGUCUUCAUGUCAACAAACGACCUGUGCCAAGCUCUGUUGGGACAUUACUGCACCAAGCGCUGCAAAGGCAAGGAGGAGGGAAAGGAGGCCCUCUACAGGAAGCGUAAGGUACUGCACCUGGUGUCGCAGUGGAGCUCGCUCUACAAGGACUUCCUGCGUGAGGAGGAGCACGUCAAGCUCUUCAUGAAGACUCUGUACCGCUAUGUGCUGGAGGAUGUCUAUGAGUUCCCCACCUUGGAGAAGGACCUGAAGGAAUUCCAGAAGCUUCUUAGGCGUCGACAUACGGUGGAUGACUACACCCCUCACCAGAAGAACAAAGCCCUCUUCCAGCAAUUGAGUCUGAAGGAAAACUGCCUCACGCUCCGCACGGGCGCCACCAGCGAGACCAAGGAAGUCCUGUGCCGUGUGUAUGUGAGCCCGGACUCGUUCGUGAGUGUGAGGACACGCUCGACCGUGGUGACGCAGGAGCUGCUGCGGGUGGUGGCCCAGAAGAUGGAGCGGCCAGAGGAGGACAUGAUGCUGGCCGCAGUCACGUACAGUGGAGAGAAGCGAGUGCUGCAGCCUCAUGACAGCAUCUACUCGGAGAGCCUGACGACUCCAGGCAGACUGAUGGCGUGCCGGCGGGACCUCAGUGAGAUCAUGCCUCCCCUGACGGAGUGUCCUGAGCUGGGCCAGCGGCCGGUGCGACUCCUGGGCAUGAACACGUGGGACGUGUCAAUGGCACUCACCAACUUCGACUGGAGCCUCUUCAACUCUAUACACGAGCAAGAGCUGAUCCACUACACUCUGAGCCGCCAGGCUAGCAGUCGCCACACGGUGGCGCUGGAGGUGCUGCUGCAGCGCUGCAACGAGGUGCAGCAGUGGGUCAUGUCCGAGGUCCUGCUGUGCCACUCACUGGCCAAGCGUGUCCAGCUGCUCAAGAAAUUCAUCAAGAUUGCUGCACACUGCAAAGCCCAGAAGAACCUCAACUCCUCCUUCGCCAUCAUCAUGGGCCUGAACACAGCUGCGGUCAGUCGCCUCAACGUCACGUGGGAGAAAGUUCCUGGCAAGUUCAAGAAGCUGUUCUCAGAGCUGGAGCUGCUGACGGACCCGUCUAUGAACCACAAGGCCUACAGAGACGCCUUCAAGAAGAUGAAGUCCCCUAAAAUCCCAUUCAUGCCCCUGCUGCUUAAAGACAUCACCUUCAUUCAUGAAGGAAACAAGACAUUUCAUGACAACCUGGUCAAUUUCGAGAAACUGCACAUGAUUGCGGACACUGUGCGUCUCAUCCGCCAUUGUCAAACAGACCAGACAGGAAAUGAGGGUACCCAGAGCUGCGGUCCAGAGGUGAAAGCCAGUAUCCACUACCUGCACAUCAUAGACAAUCAACAGACUCUGUUCGAGCUCUCGCACAGACUGGAGCCCAGAGCAUAGAAACGACACCCCCUGCUGGACAUGGUGUGUAAAUACAGCCAGCUGCACCAAGCUCACGGCUCUUGACGUUUGUGUACAAAUAGCACCCUCUUGUGUUUGAAAUGACAAGCAAAGACCCUUCUGCCAUACAGCAAACAUGAACAGCCGGUCAGUGAUGACAGCCUCAAAACAGGACAUAUGCAGGCUCACUCUGUGUGACUGACAGAAGUUAACUCACGACUGAAGUUACUGGCACUCAUGUGCCAGCGACCAGUUUUUCUUUUGCCAAUUUGAGGAGACACUCAGCAACUCUUCUCAGCUCUCAACAUGAGACAUACUCCCCUGGACCUCAGCAAGGAAAGAGACUUUGAGAAAAAUGUCAUGAAGAAGCCAAUAUUUAUAAGAUGUUUAUAAGGUGCUAUGGCACCAGUUUAGACACCGAGGACCUCACUAAUGGACCUAUUGGCAGGUAGACAGUUGACCUGUGGCUUGCCUGAUUGGCUAAUCUACAUCUACAUAAAUCUACACAGGCUACACAGACAAAAUGCCUCCCCACCUCCAGUGUUGUAACUUUCCUUUGUGAUGUAGGACUCAUCCUUAUCUAACAUUGUUUUUAUCCUUUCAUUGACCUUGGUUUGAGGAUUUCACUGGUUGGAUUGGAAGCACUGAUACAUUGGUUCAGUUAAAUGGGAUCAUGUGAUGUUCAGUUAAACGUGACAUUCCUUAUAGAACUACAGAGAUAUCAAUACAACAGCAGGCAGAGGUUGUAAUAUAGAACAUUAUUUAAUUCCUUUGUCACUACUUUCUGUCGUUGUCUUUAUUUUUGGUGGUCCACAAGUUACAUUUUGAUGUUACAUUAUGGUGUCCACCAGCUGUCAGACUGUGCAUGUGAAGCGAAGGGGAUCAUAUUGCAUCUGCCAAUUUUCAAUUUUCACUUUUGUAUAAAGACAUAUGUAUAUUUGUACACAUAUUAGUUGUUACGGAAAACCAUUGGCAGUGUUACUACACAGAUGGGUCAACCAUAUUCUUUGCCAGGAUUGUGUGUUCGGAGAAGGGAGGGUGUGUGUGUGUGUGUGUGUGUGUGUGUGUGUGUGUGUGUGUGUGUGGGGGAGGGUUGAUUUGGAUAGCACGUCUACUGUUGGUGUGUAUUUGGCUGUGGUGAGGCGCACUACUCUGCCACAUGGUUUGUUUUGGUAACGCCAUCGGGAGCUCCAGCAGCUUUCGUUGCGGUGAUCGAUGAUGUCACGUGCUAAGAAAAUGUCCUACACUCACAUUGCUAUUUGCACUUGUGUUUAUUUUACUUGUUUUGUUUUGUUUUGUUUUGUUUUUAACAGUCUGCUUUUGUAAAAUAAUGUGCAAGAAUGUAUAUAGAUUUAUAAUCGUUCUGUGGAACAUUGAAAUUGUGUUUCUUUUUGUUUGUGCCAAUGCAUUUAAGUGGGAGAACGAUGCAAUAUAAAUCAUGUAAACAGUUGUAAUGCCUUAUCCAUGCUUUUUACACCCUUAUGAUGGAUGCCAUUCAUUCACGUAUAUUUUCACAUCUGAUCCCAGAGCAUUGACCUGUGCCACUUUUGGGAGACUCGACCUUAAUGCUGACCUUAAUUUGUUUAAUUAAAACGAUAAUCUCACUCUUGUUGGAUAAGCAAGGAAAUAAAUAUUAAUUAACAAUCUGACAUAAAAUUGUCAAUACUCAGGAAAACACAUAACAGUGAUCUUUUGAAUAAGGACAUUUUUGUGACUUACUAUAAGCCAUGGUUAGUUGUAAUAUAUAUUUUGCAAAAAUUUAAAGAGACAAACAAAUUCAAAAAAUGAAAAUGUCAACCGAGCUUUGGCAACAUCAGUGAGUCCUUGGGAUUUUGUGCUUCUACUUUCUAAUCCUCUGCAUCCUGUAAUUUGUGAGGUUUCUUGUGGGUGUUUUAAUGACCCUUUGUGGACUUUGUGUACAUCUGCAAAUGUGUUGUAUCACUAAGUGAACAGGAUAAAGAAUCCUUAUUUAUAUAUCUAUUUUGUUUGUUUGUUUUAAUUUAUGUGUCAAUGCGAAGACUGGUGGAAUCGCAAACGUGUCUUCUGUUUCUGUUAUUUUGUGAAGAAACAGUUUUGUGUUGGUAUCAUGAUGGCAACAGACUGAUCUGAUCAGAUUGGAUCUGGGUGGUAUCCCAAGUACAUGGUUUUGUGACAAACCUGGCAAAGUUACCUCAAAAAGUUAAUUGGUAACCCUCCUCUAUGGCUUCAUUCUCUUAGGAAAAACAAAGGUGUAUCGCUUCUUUUAGGAGGUUUAUCACUUAAUCUGGUUCAUUUACCAGGUUUGUCACAUAUUUGGAGUAGCCCCGGGCCCUGAUCUAGAGAUUCUGGAGAACCCGGAACGGUAAUCUCACUCUUGUUGGAUAAGCAUGAACGGAUCUGGGAGUAGCCCUGUUCUUGUUCCAAUCCAGUCCAGGUCCGCUGCUACUGACGUCCUCUAUGCUGUGGAUGUUGCUGUGCCUUCUCUUUAUGUAGAGAGAGCGGGCACUGAAGAUGACGAUGAUGGUCUUGAAACGAUUGUGACAUGCUGUGUGAUGCCAUAACAGAAUGUUAUACUAAUGUUCAAUACUGUUCUGUUCAAAAAAAAAAAAAAAAUGUUGCUAAGGCAGUUUGCAUGGGGUCUAACGUCAGUGCCCACUGAAACACAGUAAGAAUGGAAACAAAAAAAUACUUUGUUGUCAGCUGAAAGUGUAAAUAUAAAUAUGUUUAAAAUAUUAUUUAUGUUUUAAAAAAGAAAAUGUUGCAAAGCAAUACAGCCAUGGUGUAUUCACUUUCCCAGUUCUUGUUAUAAAAACACACACCUGUUUUCUAAAGUAUGCAUUUUUACUAUACAGUUCCAAUGUAAAUGAGCAAAUAAACCAUUUAUGUAAUGUUA